AGGGAGCCCUGGCGGGAGAUUCAUGCAGCAUGGCGGUGCAGCCGAAGCAGAACCUGUCCAUGGACAGUGCAUCCGAGCAUAGCUUUCUAAACUUCUUCUUCUCCAUGCCAGAGAAACCGGAGUCCACUUUCAGAAUAUUUGACCGAAACGACUACUACACUGUUCACGGGAAAGACGCCAUAUUCGCGGCCAAGGAGGUUUUCAAGACGAAUGGCGUCAUCAAAAAUCUGGGCUCAGGGAGUCGCAAGCUGGAGAGUGUGGUCCUCAGCAAGCUCAACUUUGAGGCCUUUGUGAAAGACUUGCUGCUGGUGAGGCAGUACAGAGUAGAAGUGUACAAAAACCAGAGCAAGAGUAGCAAGGAGCACGACUGGAAGAUCGAGUACAAGGCCUCUCCAGGAAACUUGACCCAGUUUGAGGAGAUUCUGUUUGGUGGUGGUGGAAGCGGAGGCGAGGGCUGCGCAGGAGUCGUAGGCGUGCGGUUUGCUACAGGAGCUGAUGGGCAGCGUGUGGUCGGGGUUGGCUAUGUGGAUGCAGCUCAGAGGAAAAUGGGAGUGUGUGAGUUUCCGGACAACGAGAUCUUCUCUAACUUGGAGUCCCUGCUUGUCCAAAUCAGCCCCAAAGAGUGUCUCUUAGCCCAGGGUGACGGCAACACUGACAGCAGUAAACUACGUGAAGUGGUGGAGCGAAGCGGGAUGCUGGUCUCUGACAGGAAGAGAGCAGAGUUCAAUAGCAAGGACAUGGUGCAGGAUCUCAACAGGCUGCUAAGAGCCAAAAAAGGAGCGACUGUGGCCAGCAACACACUGCCUGAACUGGACAAACAGGUGGCUAUGUCAUGCUUGGCCGCAGUUGUGCGUUUCCUUGAACUUCUCUCUGACGAGUCCAACUUCAACUCCUUCAGCCUGACCACUCUGGACCUGGGUCAGUACAUGAGGCUGGACAACGCUGCUGUCAGGGCUCUCAACCUCUUCCAGGGUUCACCAGAUGACACCAGUGGGGCUCAUUCAGUGGCCGGUCUGUUGAACAAGUGCCGCACACCUCAGGGUCAGCGGCUCGUCAACCAGUGGAUCAAACAACCACUCAUGGACAAAACCAAAAUAGAGGAGAGGCUGGACCUGGUGGAGAGUUUUGUGUGUGACUCUGAGCUGAGGCAGACCUGCCAGGAAGACUUGCUGCGGCGAUUUCCUGAUCUUCACCGUCUGGCCAAGAAGUUUCAUCGACACUCUGCAACCCUGCAGGACUGUUACCGUGUCUACCAGGCUGUGAGCCAUAUCCCCGGUCUCGUCACAGCCCUGGAGAGAUACUCGGGUAGCUACCAGGUUCUGUUAGAGGCAGUGUUCCUCUCGCCUCUCAGAGACAUGCAAAAUGACUUUGCGAAGUAUCAGGAGAUGAUCGAGACGACUCUGGAUAUGAACCAGAUUGACCACCAUGAGUUCCUGGUGAAGGCAUCGUUUGAUCCAGCAUUGAGUGAGCUGAGAGAAAAGAUGGAUGUCCUAGAGAAGAGCAUGCAGUCUGUUCUGAGCAGCGCAGCGAGAGAGCUAGGUCUGGAUGCUGGUAAGACUGUGAAGCUGGAGUCCAACGCCAUGCUGGGCUUUUACCUGAGAGUCACCUGCAAGGAGGAGAAAUCUCUGAGGAACAACAAGAAGUUCACCACUCUGGACGUUCAAAAGAACGGAGUGCGCUUCACCAACAGUAAGCUCAGUUCCCUGAACGAGGACUACACCAAGAACAGGGAGGAAUACGAGGAAGCCCAGAACGCUAUUGUCAAAGAGAUCAUCAACAUUGCCUCAGGCUAUGUGGACCCGCUCCAGACGCUGAGUGAUGUCAUAGCGCAGCUGGACGCCGUGGUGAGCUUCGCCGUGGCGUCCGUCUCCGCUCCCGUGCCCUACGUUAGGCCUCGUCUGCUGGCCGAUGGCUGCAGGCGUAUGGAGCUGCUGCAGGCCAGACAUCCCUGCAUGGAGACAGACGCAGACACCGCCUUCAUACCUAACGAUAUCACCUUCAUACAGGGAGAGAAGAGCUUUUAUAUUAUUACAGGACCAAAUAUGGGCGGCAAGUCAACGUUUAUCCGUCAGGUGGGUGUGAUCGCUCUGAUGGCUCAAAUCGGCUGCUUUGUGCCCUGUGAGAAGGCGGAGCUUAGUGUGAUUGACAGCGUCCUGGCCAGGGUGGGAGCAGGAGACAGCCAGGUGAAAGGAGUGUCCACCUUCAUGUCCGAGAUGCUGGAGACGGCUGCCAUUCUGCGCUCAGCCACGGAGAACUCGCUCAUCAUAAUCGACGAGCUGGGCAGAGGCACGUCCACCUAUGAUGGCUUCGGUCUGGCUUGGGCCAUCAGCGAACACAUCGCCUCCAAAAUUGGCAGUUUCUGCCUGUUUGCCACUCACUUCCAUGAGCUGACGGCACUCGCCGCACAGCAGCCCACCGUCCAAAACCUGCACGUCACGGCCCUGACCUCCCACAACACACUCACCAUGCUGUACAGAGUCAAACCAGGUGUGUGUGAUCAGAGUUUUGGAAUCCACGUUGCCGAGUUGGCUUGCUUCCCGCCAUCGGUGGUUGCCAUGGCCAAGGAGAAGGCAGAGGAGCUGGAGGAGUUCCAGGAGCCCGCAGGGGAGAGGUCGGAGCAGGAGGAAGAGCCCGAGGCCAAGAGACGACGAACAGAUAAACAAGCUGGGGAAAACCUGAUCCAAGACUUCCUGGAGAAGGUGAAGUCACUUCCUGCCGCCACCAUGACUGAAGAGGAGGUGAAGGCCAAGCUCAGGAAGAUGAAGGAGGAGCUGAUGGCCAAGAAGAACACAUUCAUCUCAGAGAUCCUCGAACGCUGCGUAAAAACUGUCUGAUUUUUCUUUUCUUUGUUACAUUCACACCUAUGUCCUGAUGACUGAAGCUCAUAUAAUGUACUCACCACACUAAAGCUCUUAUAUUGUAUAGUUUUUCAAUAAAGAAAUAU